AUGGCCGUCGAACGUUUAUCUUCAAUCUUCAACCAGCUGAAGCCGGGCAGCUCUGCCGUGUCGGCAAUCACGCAAAAGAACCCUGACGAUGUCGUUGUCACGCUCGCGAUCCGCACUCCUUUGACCAAGGCUGCCAAGGGUGGAUUCAAGGACACUGGGCUUGAUUAUAUUGUGUACUCGGUACUGAAGGAGCUCGUCCAACGCUCGAAUCUGGACCCGGCGCUUAUUGAGGAUGUUUGCCUCGGAAAUGUCAACGACGGCAAAGCCGCCUAUCUCGGCCGAGCCGCCUCUCUCGCAGCCGGAAUCCCUCACACAGCCGGCGCAUCGUCGGCCAACCGCUUCUGCGCUUCGGGACUCAAAGCCAUCCAAGACAUUGCCAACCAGAUCCGCCUAGGCGCAAUCGACGUUGGCGUGGCUGUUGGUGCGGAAUCCAUGUCGACCAGCGACCGCGGUCCGAACCCGUUCCACGAGGAAAUCAUAAAGAACCAAGAAGCCGCCGAUUGCCUGCAGCCCAUGGGCCAGACGUCUGAGAAUGUUGGAAAUGACUUUGGAAUCUCCCGCGAACAGCAGGAUACCUUUGCAGUCGAGUCCUUCCGGCGCGCAGAGGUUGCGCAAAAGGCGGGCUGGUUUGAUGAUGAGAUUGUGCCUAUUACCACCAAGGUCAAGGAUCCCAAGACAGGCGAGGAAAAGACUGUCACGCUGACCCGGGACGAGGGUCCUCGGUAUGGAACUACCUUGGAAGGAUUGAGCAAGAUUCGUCCUGCUUUCCCUCAGUUUGGAAACAAGACCACUGGCGGUAACGCCAGCCAGGUGACAGACGGAGCCGCCGCCGUCCUUCUGAUGCGCCGAUCCAAGGCCGUCGAGCUGAACCAGCCCAUCUUGGCCAAAUUCUGCGGCGCCACCGUCGCCGGCGUGCCCCCUCGCGUGAUGGGCAUCGGCCCAACUGCAGCAAUCCCCAAACUGCUCGGCCAAUUCAACCUGACGAUCGAAGACAUUGAAAUUUUCGAGAUCAACGAGGCCUUUGCCUCGAUGGCGGUCUACUGCUUGAAGACUCUGGGUAUUGACCACGAGAAACUGAACCCGCGCGGUGGUGCUAUUGCGCUGGGACAUCCUCUGGGGGCUACCGGUGCUCGUCAGGUUUGCACGGUUCUGAGCGAGGCACGGCGUACGAAGAAGAAGGUUUUGGUUACGAGUAUGUGCAUUGGGACGGGCCAGGGUAUGGCUGGUCUGUGGGUGAACGAGCAGGUUUAG